UAGAAAGACGCGUCGUGUGUUUACGUUAGGCAUUCACGUGUAGCUGUUCGGUCGAGUCGCAUCGUGUAUACUCAAGUGUAUUCUGGUGUUUCGCGAAAGUCAGAGGUGAUUGAGGCCAGUUCGAGCUAAUUAAAUUCAGCAUUUGGCUGGAUAUCAGGACGUCAAUAUGUCUCACAUUGAAACCUGGAAGGAUCAGCAACAAAAUGAACUGGCAGUCUUGAAGUCUAUUUUUGGUGACGAGUUGCGCGACUUACGGAAGAACAAAAAUAAGAAAAGAUGGCAAUCCCUGGAUAUAGUCAUUACCUUGACGCCGCAAAGGGGUAUGUCAGGGCCGGCACAGAUUCAUGCGCAGGUAGACUUGCACGUUACAUGUGGCGACAAGUAUCCUGACGAAAUACCUUCUAUCGAACUGCAAAAUAGCAAGGGAUUAUCACAUGAACAAGUUGCAGUCUUAUCCUCAGAGCUGGAAAAUUCGGCGAGGAACUUGAAAGGCGAAGUUAUGAUCUUUGAACUCAGUCAGCAUGUUGAGAAAUACUUACACGAACACAAUAAGCCAGGUUACAGUAGUUUCUAUGAGGAAAUGGUGUCGAGACGUCUGGAGAAGAUACAAUGUGAGAUGCAAGAGAAGCAGGAGAAGCAGAUGAAGGAGGAUAAAGAAAAACAGGUGCUACAAGACGCCAUACAGAAACGUCAGGAAGCCCUGAAAGCUGAGAUGCGUAAUCGGAAAGACACAGCUCUAUCCACAGACUCUGACUCUGCCCUUAGAUCGAUACCGUCGUCUCCGCACAAUCGAAGGAAAAAUCACGUUAAACGUCAACACGACAGUACGUCGGAAAGUUCCGAGGGGUCGCAGUGCGAGCACAGAGGCAUCAAGCUUCUCCAUUUCGACAGUAACAAGGGCGAGAGACAAGUGCAUCGAGGAAAGUGUUUGGGUCACAGUACGAAGGGUUCCAUAGUAUACGCCGGUGUGGACAUGAACACCGGGGAAUUAUUGGCUGUUACGGAAUGGACGUUGAAGUGCACAGUGGCACAGAACGAUAACUCUACUCAGGAAGCUAUCAAUAUACAUCACGCGAUGAAACAAAUUGCUAGCCUGGAACAAGAACUUAAUCACCUGUACAAACUGCAUCACCCGAAUCUCGUGCAUUAUUUAAAUAUGAAAUAUUUACAGAACAACAAUAAUUUAGACAUUUAUAUACUUCAAGAAUUUGUGGUUGGAACCACGUGCUCGUUCUUCCUGACAGAAAACAUUCCAGUUGACAUCGACAUGCUGAGGCACUUGGCAACCGGUGUUCUCGAAGCUUUACAGUAUCUUCACAAGAACGACGUGGUGCACAAAGACUUGCGCGACACCAGCGUUUACAUAGACCGCAUAGGCAUUAUAAGAUUAUCCGAUUACUCGUUGGACAAAAGACUGUCGGACAUGUAUCACUCGAACUCUUUAGCAAAGACUGAACAUGAUUUUCCAACAAUCCAGUGCCGAGGAGGUAAAAAGGCUGAUAUAUAUAGAUAUGGAGUAUUACUGCUGUCACUGUUGAAAGGGCAAAUCAUAUCCGGCGAUGAGAUUGAUCUGACAGUGAUCCCGCAGCAUCACUUAAGAGACUUUCUAUCAAAGUGUCUUAUCGACGACGAGAGAAUGCGUUGGUCCGCGGAAGAAUUGCAGCAACACAGUUUCAUAAAAAUACCGUUAGAACGAGGUUUGUCGCCGGCAACGCCGGAUGAUGACGAGAAGGAGAACAAGCUCGAGCCGGAAGAGCCGGACAACGAUGUUCAGUUCUACCUACCGUCGAUGGGCGGGCAGUCGCGAAUACAGAAUGAAUUUGAAGUGUUAAAGUGGUUGGGGAAAGGAGCCUUCGGCGAUGUUCUCAAAGUGAAGAAUAAGUUGGACGGUGGGAUUUACGCCAUCAAACGAAUAAAAUUAAAUCCGAUGAAGAAGCUACUGAACAAGAAAAUUACGCGCGAGGUGAAACUGCUGUCUAGGAUGAAUCAUGAGAACGUAGUGCGCUACUACAAUUCAUGGAUCGAGAGUGCCACCUUGGACGACUCCACCAGGCACAGUCAUUUAACACCGGCCACUACGUCUGAAGACAGAUCUAUCACGCAGGACAAGUCAGAUAUAGUUGACCAACUGAGAAGUGAAGAAAUAGAGAAGUCCCCUCUGCCUUUGCAUAAGGUUGAAUGGAAUAUAUCGUAUGAGUCUCUGGCAAAUGUGGCUGAUAGUGAAGACGAUAGUGAAGACGAUAACAGCGACUCUUCAACCGAUUCCGAUUCCGAUAGCGAAGAUUGCUCGUUCUUAAAGCGGUCUUUACGGAGAAUCGAGUCUUCCGAUAGUAUAGUAUUUCAGAGAGACAGUAUCUCGCAAAAGUGCUCGAAGUCCAAGAUCUCGAACGACGAUGUGAAAGAUGGUGAAAACUCGAGUGAGGAUGUAACGGUGAAGGAAAUACAAUUCAUGUACAUUCAAAUGGAAUUUUGUGAGAAGAGCACGUUGAGAACUGCCAUAGAUAACGACUUGUACGAAGAUAGUGAGCGCGUCUGGAGGUUAUUCCGAGAAAUGGUGGAAGGUUUGGCGCAUAUUCACCAGCAGGGUAUGAUACACAGAGACUUGAAGCCUGUAAAUAUAUUUCUCGACAGUAACGAUAACGUCAAGAUAGGGGAUUUCGGAUUAGCCACGACUAAUAUAUUAUCGACGUUAGUUCACACUAUUGGCACUGAUAAAGAAUCACAUGUCAUUGAAAAAGGGGCGAGUUUCGACGUGGAGAGAUCUCUCACUGGAGAAGUCGGGACAGCUUUGUAUGUAGCGCCCGAACUUUCCGCGAAGACUGUCAAAGCGAAUUAUAAUCAAAAAGUAGAUAUCUACAGCUUAGGAAUUAUUUUCUUCGAAAUGACGCACAAACCUCUGACGACCGGGAUGGAGCGCGUCAAGGUUCUCUUGAACCUGCGCAUGAAAGAGAUCGUUUUCCCUACCGACAUAGUGGGAACCGACAUACCACAUCAAAUUCAUAUUAUACGUUGGCUGCUAAGUCACGACCCGAGUCAGCGACCCACCGCUCAAGAAUUACUAUCAUCCGAAUACUUGCCGCCACCUAAGCUGGAAGAAACAGAGCUGCAAGAGAUGGUGCGCCACACGUUGUCCAACAGUCAAAGUAAAGCAUACAAGUAUUUAGUGGCGUCCUGUUUCACGCAAGAAGUUACACCAGCGGAGGAUAUUACUUAUGACAUGAAUUUACCUGCUAGGGGAAUGCCAAGUGUCCUCUCCUCGAGAAAACUGUUUCUGCAGGAAAGUAUAAAGAAAAAGAUCGUUGAAAUAUUCAAGAAGCACGGCGGCCUGUGUCUCACCACUCCGUUGCUGAUGCCCAAGUCCGACCAGCACAACAGUUUCACCGAGUCCAGCGUUAAACUGAUGACGCGCACCGGUAGCAUUGUCUCCAUACCCCAUGACCUUCGCACACCCUUCGCCAGAUACAUCAUAUGGAACAAUAUAUCGCAUAUUCGGAGAUAUGCUAUCGAACGAGUGUUCAGAGAUAAGAAGGCUCGAGGCUUUCAUCCGAGGGAAUUGUACGAGUGUGCUUUCGACAUCAUCAGUCCCGUAGCCAACAACUUGAUGUCAGAAGCUGAAUUGAUCUUCAUCAUAUGGGAGAUUUGCAACGAGCUACCGCAAAUACAAGAGCGCAAUUUCGUAGUGCGCCUGAAUCACACGUCACUGUUACAAGCCGUGUUAAUGUACUGCGGCGUGGAGAAGGAUAAAUAUGAGGACAUAUAUUCGAUACUGCAGAACGCCCGUGACGGCAAGUUCUCGAAGUUUCAAGUCCAAACGCACCUGAUCAGUUUGUGCCUUACCGAUCAAGCUAUGGAGACGUUUUUCAAUUUACUCGAAACGGAGAGUUCCGUUGCAAAGAUUACCAGUGUCCUGAGGACGAUAACGAGAAGAAGAGGAGACGCCGCAGGCUUGGCUAAGGAAGGACUGAAAGAUAUAGAAACCGUGAUAUCCAAUGUAGAAAGUUUAGGCGUAAAGUGGCCUAUUACCGUUGUACCUCUAUUAACGUACAACGUGCAACAAUACAGCGGUAUGAUAUAUCAGAUAACGUGCGAGCUGAAACACAAACGGAAACGAGAUGGUCAGGAUGUCAUAGCGGCGGGUGGCCGAUACGACAAGAUGCUGAUGUCGUUCAGGAAAAUCCUGGAGCAUACCGGAAUGGCCAGUAAAGAGACGAAGCAAUACGGUGCCGGUAUCAGCAUAUCGUUGGACAAGUUGGUGUCCGCCGUGACGGAAGCGUGCGAGAAUCUGGGCGGUGAGAACAAAUGUGGCAUCGACGUGGCCGUGUGUUGCGAGGGAAGUCAGGGGAGCGGAGGACGAAGAGAGAAAGAGAUGAUCGACGUGUUACGGGAGAUCUGGUCGUUAGGGUUGAAGGUCACGAUAUUGGAUCUCUGUACCACGGAGGAGAUACUCGAGUACUGUCGGGAGAACUCGAUCAGUCAGAUAAUAUCGUUGAGAAGCGGGGAGAAGGACGCUCUGAGAUUGCAAACGUGGGAGAGGGAUAGAUUUCAGGAGAAAAAGAUCAACAUACACGACAUCGCCGAUUACCUGCAACGGCAGUCCGAGACUGCGUCGCCGAUACUGAACAGAUCCGACAGCAAAGUGAACGGAAACGACGUGUCGUCGAUAACGCCCAGUAAUCCGGUUAAUGUCAACAUCAAUUUUAUUCUCUCGGAUAAGGACAAGCUGUCCGGAAGCGGCAGGAGAAGUUUCAAGAACAGCAUACUGGCGCAAAUGUCGUCCUACUUGCAGAGAAUAUCGCAUAAAGUUUCGAUCGAGAUCUUUGCGGUCUUCCUGGAGAUGUCUGUCGUAAGGACGAUAAUCAGUUUCUUGGAGAUCGAUGAGGAGGAGCAGAUCUUCCAUAAGAGUAUUCAAAUCGUGAUAAACAAGCAUCCACGGCAUAAGAAGUACGUCAAGCAGAUAUGCGAGAGAAUGAGGGAAUUACGAAGUGAAAAGUCAAGACCUGUGGAAAUACUAUACAGCCUGACGGACAGCGGAUAUUUGACUCUGAUAUAAGAUAAUGUUACCGAAGUUUAUUUUCGUAAUGAUCGGUAAAGGAUCAGUGAUGAUGACAAUGAUACAUGAACCAGGACACGCGAUAGAUCAUAAAAAAUUAGAUGUGUAAGCACUUUUUGUACUACA